AUGUUAAGAAAUUUCAGUUUUGGUCUAUUAAAGAAUAGUCAAUUCAGAUCUGUUUUAGUUAGAUCUUUUGCCAGUGAAUCAACAGCUUCAUCAGCAGCCUCAGCAACAGUAGGAGAUGAAUGUACUCUUGAGAGAUUGGAAGGUGCUGACAAAGGUAUCAGUGUUAUCACAUUCAAUCGUAGUGCUGUGAAAAAUGCGAUCGGUGCCAACUUGUUGCGUCAAUUCAAAUCGCAUCUCUCCACUGUGCGAUUCGACCAGGAAACACGUGUUGUCAUUCUGCGUUCCUCUGUCAGCGGAGUGUUUUGCGCCGGUGCCGACUUGAAGGAGCGUGCACAGAUGUCACAGAAACAGGCAUCGGAGUUUGUCUAUGAUUUGCGAAAUUCAUUCACCGAACUCGAAGUUCUGCCACAGCCAACGAUCGCCGUCAUUGACGGUGUCGCGCUGGGCGGUGGUCUUGAGAUGGCGCUGUCCUGUGACUUCCGAUUCGCCAGUACCGCAUCGAAGCUCGGACUGCCCGAAACCGGAUUGGCUAUCAUUCCCGGUGCCGGUGGAACUCAGAGAUUGCCAAGAUUGAUCGGACCUGCUGCCGCAAAAGAAUUGAUUUUCACCGGUGCCGUCAUCAACUCGAAGCGCGCCCUCGAAAUCGGAUUGAUUCAACGUGAGACCGAGCCAAGCGAGACAUUCAACAAGGCAGUGGAAUUCGCACGAACCAUCCUACCAAAGGGACCGAUCGCCAUCAGAGUAGCCAAGAUCGCCAUUGACAAAGGCAUGAAUGUAGACAUCGCCACAGGUAUGUCUAUCGAACAGGCAUGUUACGCACAGGUCAUCCCAACCAAAGAUAGAACCGAAGGUCUCACCGCAUUCAAAGAGAAAAGACCACCUGUAUACAAAGGUGAAUAA